CCUGGCCGCCGGUUGCGACCUUCUCCCCCGUUCUCGGCCCCCGCGGAGCCAUGGGCGGCCGGAGGGAGUCGGCGUGGCAGUGCUGGUGGGGACUGGCCGUGGUUUUCCUCCGGACCGUGGUGUCCCGCUCCAUCGUGCUGGACCCCAUCUACUGGAACUCCUCCAACCCCAAGUUUCUACCAGGACAAGGACUGGUACUAUAUCCACAGAUAGGAGACAAACUGGAUAUUAUCUGCCCAAAGGUGGAUUCUAAAACUGUUGGCCAAUAUGAAUAUUAUAAGGUUUAUAUGGUUGAUAAAGACCAAGCAGAUCGAUGCACUAUUAAAAAGGACAACACACCUCUGCUCAACUGUGCCAAGCCAGACCAAGACGUUAAAUUUACCAUCAAGUUUCAAGAGUUCAGCCCCAACCUCUGGGGUUUAGAAUUUCAGAGAAACAAAGAUUAUUACAUUAUAUCUACAUCAAAUGGGUCUUUGGAGGGCCUGGAUAACCAGGAGGGAGGGGUGUGCCAGACAAAAGCCAUGAAGAUCCUCAUGAAAGUUGGACAAGAUGCCAGUUCGGCUGGGUCAACCCAAACCGAUCCGACCAGGCGCCCAGAACUAGAAGCUGGCACCAACGGGAGAAGUUCAACAACAAGUCCAUUUGUAAAGACAAAUUCAGGUUCUAGCACAGAUGGCAAUAGUGCUGGACAUUCUGGGAACAAUAUCCUGGGUUCCGAGGUGGCCUUAUUUGCAGGGAUCGCUUCAGGGUGCAUCAUCUUCAUCGUCAUCAUCAUCACUUUGGUGGUUCUUCUACUGAAAUACCGGAGAAGACACAGGAAGCACUCACCACAGCACACAACAACACUGUCACUCAGUACAUUAGCUACUCCAAAGCGCAGUGGCAAUAAUAAUGGCUCUGAGCCUAGUGACAUUAUCAUUCCACUAAGGACUGCAGACAGUGUUUUCUGUCCUCACUAUGAGAAAGUCAGCGGAGAUUACGGGCAUCCGGUCUACAUAGUCCAGGAGAUGCCUCCUCAGAGUCCAGCAAACAUUUACUACAAGGUCUGAAAGAAUGCUGUGGAAUCCCUUCGAUUUCCCAGAGGAAAACCUACCGGUCAGAUGCUUUCAUUCAGUUGAGGGUUUUUGGUGACACCUGGUGCGAUAGGAUUGACUGAAGCACAGCGGGCAGAGAGUAGUGCCCCAUCUCAGAGAGCCUUUUUGAGCUGGACAGCUUACCUAGUCUGUAGAAUUUCUGUCUCGGUGAAUAAAUGUUCACUAGAAGCUGGAAGAUGUGCUGUAGAAGAUACCCAUUCUGAUGGCUGUACUCUCGUUACAUUCAUCAUCCUCUAAGCCAUGCACUGCAAGCGUUCAGGCAUGUUCAAAAGCCAAGGGAAGAUGGAGUGAUUUGGGAACCUUAAUCUAGUCAUCCUGGGAACGUGCUCUAGGAUAUCAAGCUUGAAAUGCAAUCUUCUGACUGUGUGUGUUUUUUCUAUCCGUGCAUACUGGAUUUGUCGCACAGACUUCGGCGAUUCAGUAAGACUUGAAAGUUCUCUUGCUUUUAGUCCAUCACUGUUACGUUUCUGUUAUCCAGGUUCUGCCAUCCUUCACGUGAGACUCGCUUUUUCACUCCAUACCGUGCAUCACUAAUGGAACAUGAAUGUUUGGAGUCCCGUGUUCUGCCCCACUUGAGGCGGCAGUCACGCUUGAAUGGGUAAUACGCUUAUAGGACUUGGGUUUAUCCAAUAAAGAGCCUUCCAGACAGACGAUAGGCUGUCAGCAGAGUAAAACUAGGAGCCUGUGGAUGGGGGUUAGAGGGGAGGGCUGAACGGAGUCGCAGCAAAUUGCUGCUGCCUCAGAAGCAAAGCUGGAACGAAGAACAAUUUAGGUAGCACAGCACUUUGGUUUGCUAUGUUUCAAGAGGCGAGUUAGAAGACACAACAACACACGCGGUGGAUAGGGAUGGAAUUUGAAGGAAUUCACUGUUAUCGGAUAGCAAUGUGCCGAAAAAAAAAUAGACCCUCUUAGUUCCGUAGAACAAAAGGGUGUUGUUAGUAAAUGAACGAGCUUGGAGGACCGGGCAAUAGUAGGCCGCUGAUGAUGAUAUAUUAGGGCAGGACUGUUGUGGUACUGGCAAUAAGUUAUACAGCUUUGAAGCUGUAAGAAAGUCUUAGUCUGCUUUGGAAGUUUUUUUGUUGUUGUUUUGUUUUUUUAAGCAGACUCAGCUGCUAUACUUAUCAUAUUUUACUAAACACAGGGAAAGCAUUUUGGAGAAGAGCAGAGAGCCAGAUCUGACCUAGAGGUUCAAAAGUCAAAUGUCAAAUAGACUGUAAUUUCAUCACCACUGAUGUGAUUAAAGGCUUCUCCUGUAUAAAAGGUCAGAUAAUACACCUCCUUCUACCCCCCUCUCCCUCCCUUCCACAGCCUUUCUGUGCCCCACCCCGACUCCAAUUGAGCCUUUUGACACUUUGGUUCGUAGCGUGCUAUUUCUGCAUCGGGCAGUGUAGGUACUAUGCCUGACCCAGCAGUCCAAACUGUUGUCGGUUUCAAAGUAAAGCACAUAUGGCAAACCUCUUACCGUCCAUGAGACUGAAAUAAAUUAUGAGUUUUUGAGGGGGAGAAGAUAGGACUUAUUUAUAAAAGGUGUAUAGAACACAAGGGAUAUAAAAAAAAGAUUUUUUUACUAAUAUAUAUUUUAAGAUGGCACAGCGUGCACACCAGAAGAUGUGACCAUUCAGUUCUAGCAAUGAAAAAAUAAAAUUGGACAACUGUGCUUCUAGGGAAAAAUAACUUUAAUCCAAAAAUAAUAAUAAUAAUGAGAGUAAACACAAAAUUCAUAAAGUCCUCUGAAAGCAUCUCACAGAAACAGUAGACUGGGAAAUACAAGCCCCCCAAAUACUGGGAAAUCAAUGUUACUGCGUCAUCUGUUUUAACAAUGACAAGAUGUUCUGGAAUUUAUUUUCUGUGUUGUGUUUUCCCUUGCCUUUUAGGCUGAAGUGUUCUUUAGACUCCAGUAGGUCACAGAAUGGAGGUUUCAAUUAAAAUUUUAGAUUUGCGCAGUUCCCCCUCAACUCCUCACCAAUCCCCUUUGUCCACCCGUUUACCCCCCUAAACUCUUUCCUUGUUUUUUUAAAAAAAAGAAAAGUAAACACAAACCCUACUUUGUGCUAUGCAAAAUAGACAUCUUUAACGUAGUCCUGUUACUAUGGUAACACUUUGCUUUCUGAAUUGGAAGAAAAAAAUGUAGCAACAGCAUUUUAAGGUUCUCAGACCUCCAGUGAGUACCUGCAAAAAUGAACUGUCACAGAAAUGAUUUUUCUCUCUAUUUCCUGAACCUGAAAAUUACAUUAGUCCAAAAGUAUGUGAGUGCGUGUGUGAGUUUGGUGUAUGUGCACAUAUAUGUAUAAUAUAUACUACCUAUAUAUUAUAUAUAUUGUCUGUGUAAGGUAGCCAUGGUGACUAACCACAGUACAUAUGUAGGAUAUGGAUUUUGGGGGUUUAAAAAACAAUUACCCCAUAAGUAUCAUGUUUUUUCAACCAAAGUAAAAUCCUGUUUGGAUUUUCAUUAUUUUUGUACAUAUGGGGCUCUAUUUUAGUUCUUUAGAAGUGAUUGUACCCCCUGAUCAAAACAAGCCAGAGGAGGGAGGGGUUGGGAAAAGGGGUUGGGAGGAGAUGUCAUGGCAGAAGUUUCUACUGCUGGGGCAGCCCACAGCCCUAGGGUGGCAGCAGGGGCAGGGAAGACAUGAGGCUCUACUCUCUGCUAUUGAAGCAGCAGCAGCCACUGUCCCUUCAUUUUCUAGUCUUCUGCCACUGGGGGCUGCUACAAUUGACUUCAGCCUUGGAGGCAAGAAGGGUUUGGGAGAAAAGAAAUGGAGAGGAGGGAGAUAGGAUUGGAGGUGUGCAGCAGAUGCGUGGAGCUCUGCAGGGAGACAUAACCAAUUUGGGAGAGUGGAAAGGGACACACCUGAAUUGUGGAAAACGUAAAAAUAGGCAUGGGGGUAGAAAUGGGUCCACAUAGGAUAAAACGUGAAAAAUCCAUAACCUAUACAUAUGCAGUUCUUUCCCAACCCUUUAUUUGUGUGAAUCUAAAGGAGAUUUUCUUAUAAGCCAUUAGGAUUUCAUUUUGAGGGUGGGAAGAGGAGAGAAGGGAAAGAUAUGGGUUUAAAAUAUCUGAUUUUUAAAGAAAUCAAAUUUACAAAUCAUCAGUUGGCUACAUUUUGGUUGUGUAUGAAACUGUGAAAAAUCAGAUGAAUUGAUGAAGAGUAAACUACAACCAAUUGAAAAAAAAAGUGUACUGUGUGUCUUUUGUGUCUGGUGCAGAAUAUGACAAUCUACCAACUGUUCCUUAUUUGAAGUUGGUUCAGCUUUGGAAAGUUACUGUAAAUGCCUUUGCUUGUAUUAUCAUCCCUAGUCACCUGACUUUGGAAUUUGCACCAUCAUGUUUAAGUGAAGAUGCUGUAAAUAGAUUCAGAUUUACUGUAUAUGGAUUUGGGGUGUUACAGUAGCCUUAUUCACCUUUUUAAUAAAAUACACAUGAAAAAAGACAGAAAUGGCUUUUCUUAACCAGAUUGUGUACAUAGAGCAAUGUUGGUUUUUUAUAAAGUCUAAGCAAGAUGUUUUGUAUAAAAUUUGAAUUUUGCAAUGUAUUUAGCUACAGCUUGUUUAAAGGCAGUGUCAUUCCCCUUCGCACUGUAAUGAGGAAAAAAUGGUAUCAAAGGUUGCCAAAUUGCUGCAUAUUUGUGCCGUAAUUGUGUACCAUGAAUAUUUAUUUAAAAAUUUCUUUGUCCAAUUUGUAACACAGUAUUAUGCUUGAGUUAUAAAUAUUUUUUCUUUCCUUUUUUUUAUAGCCUGUCAUAGGUUUUAAAAUCUGCUUUAGUUCCACAUUGCAGUUAGCCCCCAGAAAUUGAAAUCCAUGAAAAUCACAUUCCACGUCUGUUUCAAACUGAAUUUGUUCUUAAAAAAAUAAAAUAUUUUUUCCUAUGGAAAAA